GAAUACAACUCCCAAUAGCCUGAGUGCAAAGGUAGCACCACCCUCUCUACAAAAUCCUCAUCCAUGGCAGAAUUAUGACACUUUUCCUGGUGAGGGACUGAGACGUUCAGAUAGACGGCAGGUAAAGAGAGGAGGGCACCAUGGCUUCCCAUCAGAACGUGGAGUUUGUGCGAACAGGCUAUGGAAAGAACUUAGUGAAGGUGCUGGUCAUCAGGAGGCAGGGAAGCCACCACUACAUCAUCGAGCUGAAGGCUGAUGUGGAGCUCACACUCAAGUCCCGCAAGGAUUAUCUAACCGGAGACAACUCAGACAUCAUCCCCACCGACACCAUCAAGAACAGCGUCCAUGCUCUGGCCAAGAUCAAAGGGGUGAGGACCAUCGAGCAGUUCUCUCUGGACAUCUGUCAUCAUUUCCUGACCUCCUUCAACCACGUGCUGAGGGCCAAGGUUUCCAUGGAGGAGGCUCCGUGGAGGAGGGUGGAGAAGAAUGGGGUACAGCAUGCUCACGCAUUCAUCUUCAGCCCAGAAGCUUGGCGCUUCUGUGACGUUGAACAACAUCUCAAUGGCACCCCUGUAAUUCACAGUGGGGUGAAGGACAUGAAGGUGCUGAAAACCACCCAGUCUGGCUUUGAGGGCUUCCUCCGAGACCGCUUUACUACUCUGCAAGAAACCAAGGACAGGUGUUUCUGCACCUCUGUCUAUGCUAGGUGGCUCUACAACACUCAGCAUGUUGACUUUGAUGCUGCAUGGAAGCGUGUGAAGGACACAAUUAUUGAGAAGUUUGCUGGCCCCUAUGAUCAUGGAGAGUUCUCACCCUCUGUGCAGAAGACCCUUUACGAAACACAGGUUCUGGUCUUGGAUAGAAUUUCUCAGGUGGAUGAAAUAGAGAUCGUCAUGCCCAACCAACAUUACUUCACCAUAGACAUGACAAAAAUGGGGCUCGUCAACAAAGAUGAAGUACUUCUUCCUCUGGACAGCCCCUCAGGCAACAUCACAGGAACAGUACGCAGGAAACAACAAGCCAGGCUGUGAGGGCGCCUACUCAUUCAGAAAACACUGCUUCUUUCAUCUAAAUACAAUCCUAAAUGAGAUCAGAAAUAUAAAAUGCAGUCUUUAAGUUCUCAAUACACUAACUACAGUUUCAUGGACCAUAAUUCUUCAACCCAAUUGAACUAAUUUUAGAUAUUUUAACUGCUUACAAGGAUGCUAAAAAAAUACGAUAAAAAAAAUAUGAUGAUGUGUCAACAUGCCUCAAAAAAUCUCUUGUGAAAUCAACAAAGUGGCCUUGCACACUGGAGAACUGAGUCUUCCACAAAUAUAAUUUUAGAGUGUUAGAUUUUUUCCCCAACUUCAUUGACAGCACAGAAUCCACUGAAUAGAAGAUGACCAAGAUGGACUGAGAUGGACACACAACAUCAAUGUUGCUGCUGAUUCAAUGUUCCAAACACUUGUUUGAACAAUAUAUAUAUAUAUAUAUAUAUAUAUACAAUAUAUAUUUGCCACUGCCAUGUUCUCUCCCUCUCAAACUUUUCAUGUCACCUGAUUACCACCAAAAAACAAUGUUUUCCACCAAAAGAGAGAUGAUCAGAUGAAGCUUUUACAUAAUUAGUUUGACAGUAAUAGUGUACUUUCCAAUAAACAGGUUAUGCCAUCCAUCUCAAUAUGAUUGAAAGUUCCUUCCAUUCAGACACAUGAGGCAUUUUUGUCCUGACUGGACUCUUACUCUACACUAAUGUCCAUGUAAACUAUUUAGUGAUAUAUCUUUAUUUUUUUAAAUCAGAAUUCCACCUUGACAGACAAAUGAUUGUAUAUAUACUGUUAAUAUGCAACGGAACAAUAAAUUCAUGAACUGA